GUUGGGUAUAAUAUAAUCAUUAAUUCAUAACAAGUCAUGGAAUCAGAAUUAUUGAAAAAGGAAGAUGAAUUUUAUAAAGAAAAUGAAAAACUUGAAGAAAGGACAAAAGAGUUAAUGAAGAAAGUAAACGAUGUUAUGAAAAUCCAAGACAAUCUAAUCAAGGAAUCUAUUAAAAUGAAGACUGAUAUUAACUUUGCCAAAAAUAACUUCGGCGAUAAUAAAAAUUACGAUGCGCACCACUCAGAUGUCAAUAAAACCGGUCACCAAAUCACAAGUCAAGAUGGAAUGGAACAAAUAGGUACUAAUGGCACCAUCCAGUAUUAUAAAGCAAAAUUGAAAUUUCUACAAGUUGAAGUUGUGAAGUUACAAACGGAAUUGAAAAACAAGAAUGAAGAGAAUAAAAAAUUGCAAAUUGCGAAUCAGUCUUUUCAAGAAGAAAAAGAAAAAUGGUUCUCGUCAUAUAAUUCAUCCAAAACUAGAAUAGGCAAGCUCGAAAACCAGUUGGCCUGCUUAAAUACAAGGUUCCAGGAAAAAUCCACAGAGUUAACUUUGGUGAAGAAAGAAUUGGAAAAUACUAAGAAAGACUUAAAAAAUUCUACCCUCAACGCAAAUAGCUUAGAAAUAAGAUUAACAAGAGCCCAAGAAGAAAAUGACAAAUUGAAGAAUUCCUUAAAAAUAACAAAAAAUGAAGAAAAGGAUAUUAAGGAAACCUUUAAAAAACAAAUCAAUGAUUUAACUGCUAUUGUGAAACUAAUGGAAAAACAUAAAGUAGAAUUAUUAAAUGGUUUUAAGAAGCAAAUGCAGCUCAUUGAUAAUCUGAAAAAACAGAAGAUGUACCUGGAGAGUUGGAAAAUAGGAGAGAUUUCAGAGUCUGAAUAUUUAAGAAUUUUAAACUGGAAAUUUGAUUAAUAUAAUAAUUAAAGAAGAAACUUUUGCAGUUCACCGGUACAUUUCUAAUAAAUUGUUUGCCACAAACUUUGUGUGAUAAUUGAAAACAUUACAUAAUAUCGUUGGUUAUAUGUGAGAAUAACUCUUUCA